CACUUCAACAUACUCUUUUUCUUUUCUGAACUACCUUCAAAGAUUCUCACUGUAAUUUUGAUUAGGUCUCGCCUACAUCACCAUGGCUUUCUGGAUCAGAUCUUUGCCUCUCCUGGUGCUGCUUGCUGUUUUGGCUCCUCCAGCUAGUCAUGCUUUUCCCAGUCAGCGUCUGUGUGGCCCCCAUCUAGUGGAAGCACUCUACCUUGUAUGUGGAGAACGGGGCUUCUACUAUGCCCCCAAAGCACGGCGGAGCAUCGAAGAACCUCUAGCAAAUGGGGUGGAAGCACUCUCAUUCCAACCUCAGGAAUUUCAGAAGAAGAGAGGAAUUGUACAGCAAUGUUGUGAAAACACCUGCUCUCUGUAUGAGCUAGAGAGCUACUGCAACUAGAAGAGGAAACCUGAGGGGGAGGCGAGAAAAGCACUUUGCUAUUGCACCUUCAAAGUCAUUGAAUAAAAAUCCCAUGAAUCUA